AUGCCCUCAGCCGACGUCCUGCCAUUCUCCGGUCGCCGAGACGGUACGAACAUGCUUACUGCCGAUUGGGUCCGUGCAGUCUGCCAAAUGGUCGCCGACCGCCAAUACGCGACAACCGACGAACAGAUACGCGCUGUCAACUACCAUCUGAAACCGGAUAGUCCGGCAGAAGACCACAUGCUCAGCUUGGCAGCAACGUCGCUGGCACGCGCGUCCCUCGAUGCGUACCUGGGCGAGCUCGCAACCACAUUUCCGGGCCUCAAGCCGAUUCGUCGCACCGCCGCUUCUUAUGAGGCGGAACUCCUGAAAACGAGGAUCACGGUGGCAGAGCUUGCCGCGGAGACGGUGAAGAGAGGGGAGGUGGAAGUCUACGUCCAAGAGGACUUUGCGAACCAGGUGGAGGACUUGGCCAUGCAGGCAAAAGUCAAAGGCACACUCGCUGGGUACCCGCUGUGGAAGGAGAACCAACCAAGCAUAAUCGUAAAGGCCCUUACGCCAGAUCCGACGAGCUGGGCAGGCGUGGCCGCACAGAUCCGGGCAAUCGCUAACUCAGACAUCCACGAACUCGCAGAAGGUUACCGGGCCGCGGCCAACACAUUGCGAGAACAGCAACUCCUCAAAGCCAAUGUCAACGACUUGACGCGCAGGUUUAGCGCCUUCCGGUUGUCUCCGACGUCCCACGCUACUGCCGCCGUAGCUUCCAAGCCGGCGCACGUCCCCCCGGCAACCAGCCGACCACCGAACGUGACCCAGCAAGACUGA